AAAAAGAAACAGAAGGGGAAAGUGGAUAACGUUAAACCCUCAAUUCGGUCCGAUGUCGGAAGAGGAACAACAAAACCCUAAUCCGAUGAUCUUCUACAUAGCUCUCGAUCUACAGGAAGAAAUCAUCCUUCGAUUGCCGUUGAAAUCCAUCCGCAAAUUCAGAACCUCCGUCUCAAAAGAAUGGAGAUCAAUCAUAGAAUCGAAGAGUUUCGCAGAGAGACGUUCGCGUAUGAGUCUUCUUCAACAGAGCCGCCUCCAAAUCCUUGCUGCUGGAGGAGAAGUAGAACGGAGGAUCGAGUCGCGAUUCCAAGGUGACGAAGAGGUCGAUGUUGUCUACCUACACUGCGACGACGUCACACGACCUUCGCUGACAUGUGACGGUUUGGUUUGCAUCCCCGUACCGGGUUGGGUCAAUGUUCUAAACCCUUCCACCGGAGAUAUUAUUAGAUUCCCUUCCGGUCCAGAUCCAGUGACCCGCCGCUAUUCAGACCUACGAAAUCAAAUGAUGGACCUUUGUGGCAAGUGUUGCAUUUUUUUCCCUGCGUUUUGGGCGAUGGGAUUUGGUAGGGACAAAGUAAAUGGGAGCUUUAAAGUUGUGAGGAUGUUCUUUGAUCCUCACCAUUACUGUGAAGUUCUUGAUAUCAAUAUUGGUGAAUGGCGGAGAUCAGUACGUGCCCCUCCUUAUGUGGUUGAUCCCAGAAGGAAGUCGGCUUGUGUGAAUGGCUCAAUCUAUUGGUUAGGUGAAGAUCUUUUGAAACUACUAGCUUUGGAUCUUCACACACUAGAGUUUCGUGAUGUUCCUUCACCACGGUAUUCCACUCCAUUCACAUUCGCGGAGCAGCUAGUGAACCUUGAUGGCCGUCUAGCUGUAGCCACAACUGCCACUUCGCCCUGGAGACUAGAGAUAUUGACCAUGGAUGCUCAAAAAGAAGAUGGAUGGGCCUUGACUUACUCCAUACAUUUAUACUCGUGUUUAAAUCUUUACACUUUUACUGCGGAUGUGCAUUUCAGGCCGGUGGCGGUUUCCAAGCAAGGGAAUCUGUUCUUCCAUGACAAUGAAAAGAGAUUGUUGAAAUUCUAUCCAAGCACUAACCUCAUUCGCUGCAUCUCUAAACACACUUUGGUCAUAUCUCCUUUCAUUGAGAAUUGGCUCCCACUUCUGCCUCCCAAAACAACAACAUCGCGGAUAUCAAUCGGACCAAAGUUCCCACUUAUACUGCUCGCUGCACAUGUGUCUUUUCUAGUUUUCCGCUAUUAUUUUGUCUCCUCUAGGUCUUGAGUUUAGUAUUUUUUG